UUGCAAGCCUUGUGUGGAAAGCUCUGUCCUACCUCUGCCUGAGUCAGGCUUUCUGCUGCCUUUCCCUUUCAAAGCGAAGGAACUGAGAUCUCUAGAUGCUCUUAGCUGAGACUGUCAGGCUUAGGAUGUCAGCUGGAGACUUCCAGGUUUUUGGGAGGAUGCUGCAGGAGGCAUAGGAGCUGUCUGAGAGAGGGAGAGGGCGUUGGCAAGGCUGUCAAUGGGUAACUUUAUUGCAGAAUUACAAGGGCUCUUUAUGUAACCCACAGUCAAAACACUUGCUGUAAAUACGAGCGUGGAGCAGCUCUGGAAAAGCUUUUUCCCCUCACGGUUGGUGUAAUACUACUUGCUGCUUUAUUGAUGUGGCAUUCGGAAUGUGUCGUUCUGCUUACAGAGCAGGGAUGUAGCGCGGUCCUUGUUCCAAAAAGCUGAGCUCCUAAUUUUAGAUGUGAUGCAGCAAAUGCAAUUAAGGAAAGAAGGGCAGGAGUAGGGUAAAGACUAAAAGGGUUCUAAUAAUCAAAUCGCAGGCAGGGUCCCAGAAGACCCCUGUGCAGCAUGUUUAGGGAACACUGCUGGGUAUGACUUGUUUGCAGAGUGGUUUAUGAUUUCAUUGCGGGGUUUUGCUUUGUAAGUAACAAAUGUAAGGGAGAUGACAUGCUGAUUUUUAGUGUCUUCUUGCUGGCAGCUGAAUAGUCCCGAAUAAGCCUGAUGGGAAGGAUUUGGUAGAUGAGAUGAGGCCCAAGGCCCUGGAGGACUGCUGGUGAGGAUUGCGAGUGCUCUUGUAUCGGUUUCGAGCGGAGCCUGGACCACACCUGUGCCUUCACCUAGUGCAGAGAUAAGACUCACCCUUGCACUCAUAUCUCACUGUGAGACUUGAGCCUGUUUGAGUGUUUCUACUUGCUCUAUGAAAUCUUGCCCUUUGGGUCAGGUCAGCCCACAGUCUCCCACCAUUGUUUUAAGAGGGUCUGGCAUCACAAUUCCUGAUGGUGCCUUGAACCUCCUCGUUAAUCCGUGUCAGCAGCAGCUCUGGCCGUGGCCCCUGGUGCAGUAGGGUGGAUCCCAGCCCAUGUCUGAGGGAUGCUGGCCCAUCCAGGGUGUUUUGGUGUGGGGGGGAGACAGGUGUGCAGCAGGAGACGCUGAGCCAAGCGCCUGUGCUGUCCUCUGAGGAAUGUGCAGGGUAAGGAGCUGUUGCUUUGGUGACAUGGAGCAACAGGUGACCAGCAGGGUUUCAUCACUCCGAGCUGGAGCGUUGCUCAGGGUGGCAGGUGAGCCCUCACGCUGACCCCCGCCGGAGGCAACCUCACCCCUCGGCUCUUGUUUUCCAUGAUACUUUACAUUUCUUUCCAUCUCCGCGCGGCCAAGUGGCCGCGUUCAGUUUUUCCAUCGGCUGGCGCACAAAACGCUUUGAAGACGCGCUGGGUGAGGAUCAAAAGGCUUUUUGUGCACUCGGUGGGUGUGACGGGGCUCUCGUUGGCCUCCCCCUCCUUUCUGCCUUUCCUUUUCCGGCGCUCGCAGCGCGGCGAGUGGCCAGCGCGCCCCUUCCCUUGUAGGGAUGGGGGCGGCGCGGGAGGGGGGAUGCCGCCGGGGGAAGGAAGAGUUUCUGAUGCUGUGGGAAUGUGAGCGCUCAAACUCUGUAAACAGCUGGUGACUCACUGCAUAACUAUGGCACCAACUGCCUGCGGCCCGGCUGCGCCUCUGCAGGGAGGGGGCUGCCGGCCCUUUCCUCCGGCACUGGCAGCGCCUCUGCGCUCCUCAGCUCCGAGACCUCCCGGCCAAGACAAGGAGCUUCUUCCUUCCCCCCCCCGGCUGCCAGUGCCUACGGCUGCGGCUCCGGCCGGGAGUUGCAAUUUCUGAGCAGUUUUGUCCGGAAGACUGUGCUCAGGUUAUGACGACUAAUCCCAAACCGAACAAGGCAUUAAAGGUAAAGGAGGAGUCAGGAGAGAAUGCCCCAGUGCUGAGUGAUGAUGAACUCGUGUCAAUGUCCGUACGGGAGCUGAACCAGCACCUGAGGGGUCUCACCAAAGAGGAGGUCAUCCGUCUGAAGCAGCGGAGGCGCACGCUCAAGAACCGGGGCUACGCUGCCAGCUGCCGCAUCAAGCGUGUGACUCAGAAAGAGGAGCUCGAGAGGCAGCGGGUUGAGCUGCAGCAAGAGGUGGAGAAGCUGGCCAGAGAAAACAGCAGCAUGAAGCUAGAGUUGGAUGCCUUGCGCUCCAAGUACGAAGCACUCCAGACCUUUGCUCGUACUGUGGCGCGAGGGCCUAUUACCCCGACCAAAGUUGCCACCACCAGUGUCAUCACCAUCGUGAAAUCAGCCGAAAUCUCAUCCAGUUCUGUGCCCUUUUCAGCAGCCUCCUAGUGCCCUCGGUGGGGGGAACUAGCAGCCUUUCAGAGGGGAGGGGAUAAGGCUCUUAUGCAUUGUUCCGGAGUCCUUGGUCACGUCAAGAAUUGGCAUUUUAAGAAGUCUCUUCCAAAAGUGCAAAAAACCAGAAGAAUAUAAAAAAAAGAAAAGAGAAAAACAAACAAACCCAAAGGGUUCCUACAAAGGGAACUUAACUGGCUGCUUCUGUCUGGACUCAGUGGCUCCAUCAACCUCUCGUGUCCAGGAUUUGAGCUCUGUAUGCAGUACAAAUUGCAAGAUCUGCUUCCUCCUUCCCUCUGCCUCCACAAACCCCUCUCAGCUGUGGGCAGCUUUCCAGGUGGGAGAAGAUACCUGAGGAGCCUCCGGAGUCUUCGUGAAUGAUGCUCAAGAGCCAGGAAACAUAUGGACCGUAGAAAUCAUCAUGAGAGAUGAAUGUAUGGGAAAAAGAGUUUCCUUUAGUGGCCUCCUACUCCUUGUAAGAAGGGUCUCCCUUACCUUCCCCACUUCCACCUGAUAUUAUGAGGGCAGGAAUAUAGGCUUUUUGGGUUUGAUUUCAUCCUGCUAACAGUGGAUGGGAGUGGGAGGGUGAUGGAGAUAAAUGCUUGGGUCUGACCACACCCAUUAAGAAUAACCUUUUGUUUUCAAUCCAUGCUGUUAAAAUAUGGAAAAAUAUAUAUUUUACAUAUUUUAAUAUGCCCCAUUACCUGUGUGGCCUGUAAAAAAAAAAACUACAUUGCAGCCUCCUUUAUUCCAAGCCCAAGUUUCCUGAUAGCUCCUUCCCAAAGGUGUGCCUGUGAAUUGGGUAUAUUUAUGCAGUUUAUUUCUUCCAAAUGAUCCGCAGUCUUGAAGUAGCAGCUUUUUUUUUCCUGGGUUACCUGAAGCUGAAGGGAGGGAGGCACAGUAAAUGCUGUGAAGAGCAGUGUGGUGAGGAGGAGAAGGGGAGAUGAGGAGGAAGAAUGCUGCACGUAUUACUGGUGGAGGCAGAAUUGGCUGGGAGAGAAGGUGGGACAGUUCUGCUGGGAUCAGCACUGCGAGAAGGGGUUUGUGCAGAGCAUGUUGGAAGGCGUUCUUAAAGCACUGAAGUGUAACUAGAGGGCAAUAGCAUUCAGCCAGGAGGAGAGAAGUUUGGAGUCUCCUCUUUGACAAAAGCAUUGGUAUGUUAGCAAUGAGCAUCCUUAGCUGGAGAGCUGUGCUCACCAGUCCUUGGUGAUCAGAGAAGGGCUAUGGGGAGGUCACAUGGGAGCUUGGAAGAGUUUUUCCCUCUCCAUAGCACAUCAGAUGCUGAAUUUGGGAUCCAAAGAGUACAGUGGACAACUCUCAGUGUUCAGACAACCUGUGUGAAUGUGACCCUGAAACUUGAUGCUUUCUCUUGCAGAUGGGUGAGUUAUAAUGAGGGCAGGAUGGAAAAUCAAUGUGCGUGUAGGGGACAGAAGAAUUGGGAUCAAGAAGUUGUUUGUUUGGCUCUGAGCAGUGGUUUGGGAGAGGGAUUUCUGGCUUGGCAUUGGGCAGGAUUUUGGAAGCUGAAAGGAGAGAUUCUGCUGUCACGCAGCAGUGAUGAAACAAUGAAUGUUUCCAGGUCACUGUAAAAAAAAAAUAGCUAUGUUGGUGUUUGUGUGUUUUGUUGUUGUUUUUUUUUUCUUCUUGAAGUAGGAAAGGAAAGGGACUGUGUGUUUUGUAGGGCAGGUCAGAGACUUAUGGAAUGGACGAUGCCUGUUGUCAUGCAGGUGAGAAGAGAAUGAGAUUGCUGAGGUUUUAAGAUGAGGAGAAGAGCUUAGAGAAUUUGGGCUCCGGAACAAAGAUCACGGAGAAUUCAUAAGUGGCUUGGACUGAAAGAGAAUAAUCAAGUGCUACCGUUGUUGGAAAGAGGACAGUGAACUGGCAUCUGACACCCAGUAUAAUUUGUUGUUUGAGGCUUUGUCUUGCCUUGAAUGGCAGUAAGUUGGUAGAAAUUUAGUGAAGCCCUACUUGUCUUUGGAAGAAGUUGUUAGCUUGCUUUUUCUUUUUUUUUUUCACCUUGUCAUUGGAGUCUCUGGAUUUCCCAGGAGGAUCCUUUGUGAAAUAGGUUAAUGAAAAGAGAAACCUCAGACAUGGUUCUCAUUCAGUCCCCAACAUCGACGUCCGUGACUUUACUGAGCCAGAAAGGGUGUCAGUGAAAUGCUUCCUGAAGGCUCGUUCCCCCUGCCAGGUCCACGUUUUGGAGGCGAGCAGGGAGUUUCCUUCAAGUGAUUUUCCAACAUGUAGAGUUUGGAUGGCACUUAGUGUUACCUCAUUUCUCCUCCAUUCCCUCCCUAUCUCCAAACAGGCAGAUCGAUGUCCUGUGUAUCAGUACCAGUUAUUGACUCCCACAGCAGAAGCUGAGGAAGAGAAAGAUGUUACGGUCAUUUCCUGGUCCUCUCAUGUUCUCCAGCUCACAGACAUUGGACACUUUCCCAGACCUUACAGGUGCCUCCAAAAACAGGCAAAAUGGAGACUCCUGGCACUGUUGGGGCUUUAAAUGAAAACUUUAUUGAAAAAGGCCAGUUGACUUGAAAAUGCCCAAAUGCUUCCAGUCUUUAAAACAGCUCCAGAGCUCCAUAACAUUCCUGGCUAGAUAGGAACACCCUCUGGCUGCCCUUGACACCCCUCCGGGGAAAUCAGACCUGUCUCACUGAAGGGGACAGAGGUUGAUCUUUGUUCCUGGGGUCUUCUUGCUGUUGGAAUGAGUUGAGAAACAUAUCUUUAUGUGGCACUUCCCUUGUGGCCAAGUAUUUCUUUUUUUUCCAGUUCUUGGAAGGGUGCCAAAGGCUUGUCCAAGUGAUUGCUAGUUUAGUGCUGGUAGGCACUUAAAUCUCUGGUCACUCGAUAAAGAACAAGAGGCCUGGGUGUUGUUAAAGCUGUUGAUACCAUAGCCAUGGUAGGUAAUCCAUAUUGGAUAUCCAUAAGGACCACGUGGAAAUAUUUAAAGAGAGAGAAAUAUAUAUAUAAAUAUAUAAUUAUAUACAUUUUAUCGUACAGAUUUUUCGUAAAAAAGAAAAAAAAAUAAUUUUUUUUCCAAGUUUGAUACUGUAAAUCUUUAUUAAAAGAAAUUGCCAGUCCAGGGCUCCCUGGGUGGUGACCUGGAGGAGAAUGAAAUGUCCUGGCUAAACUUCCACAGAGGGAUCAGAAUUGCAAGGUAACGUGGAGGGAGGAAUGACCCGAAAGCUGUUGAUCGCGUUGGAGACCCAGCUCCUCCACCCUCCUCCCUGGAGGGCCCUCCAGCUUGGGGUUGUCGCGUUGCAUUCCUCUGGGGUUCGGUUUGUUUCUGUUGUGUUUUACUUUUUGUUUUGUUUUGUUUGUUUUUCUUUUCUCUCCGUCCUGCACUUGCCAGCCUGACACCCAGGGCGAGCGCGGCGAGGGGAGCCGGCGGCGUGGGACGCGUCCCCGCGGCCGCACCUCCCGCCUCUCUCUGCUGCAGUACUUUGGAUGGCUCCCUUCUCUGCCCCUCUUAGUUUGUCCCCCCCGACCCCGCUGAGGAGGAGCGGGGGAUCUGAUUUUUGGGUGCUGGGAUCCUCUCCCCUGGGCCUGGCCUUCUUUGGUUGCUCCCCAUCCGCAGAGUGACGAGGGAAGCGAGGCUGGGUGGGAGGCAGGAGAAGACGAAGGCGUCGGGAAGGGACACCUCUGUUCUCGUACUCGUGUUUGCUGUGCUCUCUGCUGGGAGUGGGGAACCUUUCCCUCCAGGGCAGCUCCAGAUCCCUUUGAAACAAGGCAGUGUCUCUGCUCCUGCCCAGCUCUACAUCUGCCAGGAGGAGACCACAAAGUGCAGAGACCUGGGUGCCACGGCAGCUCCGGGACGGCGGGGAGGGACGAGGCGCUGGCACUGGGCCGGGGCGGAGGCGAGCUGUGCCACGGGAUGGCUCAGACCCGGGGAGGAGGAGAAGGUGGCAGUUUUUUCUCUCUCAAAUCAUUUAAACUUCAUUGUCAUGAUUGUUUUUAUUUAAAAAAAAAAAAAGGAAAAAAAGGAAAAAAAAAAGGAAAAAAAAAGAAACAAA